AUGGCCUCCGGAAUCGGCGUGAACUCGGAAUGUCUUGAAGCGUUCCAGGAGCUCAAGCUUGGCAAAAAGAGCAAGUACAUCAUUUUCAAGAUCAACGACGAACACACGGAGGUCGUCGUGGAGAAGACGUCUCCAUCCAAGAGCUACGAGGACUUCCUCGCGGACCUCCCCGAGGGCGAGUGCCGCUGGGCUAUCUACGACUUCGAAUACGAGAAGGAGGGCGGGAUACGGAACAAGAUCACCUUUUUCUCCUGGUCCCCAGAUGAUGCAAAGAUCAAGGCGAAGAUGAUGUUCGCGUCGUCGAAGGACGGUCUCCGACGUUCCCUCGUCGGCGUCGCGCACGAGAUCCAGGGCACGGAUUACAGCGAGGUAGCGUACGAAAGCGUACUGGACAAAGUGUCCCGAGGAAACUAA